CUCACUGCGUGCGUUUUCGGCGAGGUGGGGGAUUGAGGAUCAGUCACUGAGUAUAGUAUACUAUGAACCUCACUCCUCUCUGCAAACAAUGUGCAGCACGCUAUCGUGCGGUACACGUCUCGAUAUCUUUAUCAUUGUUAAUAUCAUUAUUUUUCAUUAGUUGUUGAUGUUAGCAAAACAGUGCUUGCUGAAUGUUUUACCACUUUCAAUUAGCCGAGACUAAGUCGUAGUGAGUAAUAAUUCUGUCUAAAUUGAAAAUAAAUUUGUUGCUAUCUGAAUGCGAAUGGGGUGUUGAUGAAAGGUGAUAGUGAAGGUGUCGGUUGUUGGGCAUGGAUUCGAGGGGACCGGCCUCCGAAGAGGCACCUCGUGGCGUCGCGACUUCCUCGCCGGUGCCAUCAACUCAGAAGAACGUCACUGUGUCCAACACAACCCCGAUUGUUACGACACCGACGACCGUGCAAAGCGUUGUUUUGAUUUCCAGUCCACCACCAACCGCACCCUCACAAACUGGAUCUGGACUUCCAAGUGCCCGAAUUCUCAGUAGAAACAUCAACGGCACAUUGGUUCAAACUUCAGUACCUCAAAAUGAAGCUGAAUUGCAACUUUAUAGAGUAAUGCAGAGAGCUUCUCUCCUUGGAUAUUAUGACACGCUUCUUGAAAUGGGUGGCGAUGAUGUUCAGCAAUUAUGCGACGCUGGAGAAGAAGAGUUUUUGGAGAUAAUGGCACUUGUCGGAAUGGCUAGUAAACCGCUUCACGUGAGACGUCUUCAAAAGGCUCUUCAAGAAUGGCUUACGAAUCCUUCCCUUUUUCAAACACCAGUAGUUCCAACGUCUACAGGAAAUUUGAAAACUUGUUCAGCAACAGGAUUCUCCUGCAUCAGUCCAAGGCUUCAGCAGGCGAAUCCGACAGCAACAAUUUUGACAACAAACUCACAGUCAAUGACGUCAGCUUCCACUCCAUUCGUGGCGUCGCACUUGUCCAUCGCGUCCUUGCCUUCCAGAAGCGUCAGUCCAGUCGUGCCUGCGACACUGACCCCCGCCGCCUCCUCGACGUUCAGACUCAGUCCCAGUCCGAACGCUCCGUCGUACCCAGCAGCUCACAGUCCAGGUAUUCUGCAGGUCGGCGCAUGCGAGUCGUCGUGCGGAAGUGGAACCACGCCGAGUCCCAGUGCGAUUGCGCCGGCCAGUCCGCCGCAGACGACGCCGACCCUGCUUCCCUCGCAGGUAGAGAAGCUCGCCGACGCCGCAGAGAGACUGGCGACUUCGCUCAGGCCGCUAGACCCGAAGCCACACAAUGUGAAGAAGAAGAUAUGCAAAAAUCUCGAGAUAGUGAUGGCCAUGUCGGACACCGAUCCCCGCAGAAUGGAAGAAAUUAGGAAAUACGCAGCAAUAUAUGGAAGAUUCGAUUGCAAAAGAAAACCAGAGAAACCACUCACUCUGCAUGAAGUUUCAGUGAAUGAAGCAGCUGCUCAGAUUUGCAGUUUCGUUCCUGCCUUGUUGACAAGAAGAGAUGAACUUUUCCCCCUUGCAAGGCGAGUUGUCAGAGACUCUGGAUAUCACUAUUCUAAAAAUCAGUAUUUGUCUUUAUCCAGGCCGCACGAAAACGGCGAUGAGAGCGACGCGGAAAGAUUGAAACGCCAAAAACUGGAGCUAGAAAGUGUAGAGGGUGAAGACUCGACACAGGUGGAAUUAGAUCUCCGCUGUUCAAGUUUAGAAAUUAAUAAUUCUACCAGAAGAAGGCAAAAGUCAACAAGUCCAGUUUGGGAAGAUAAGGGUGAUAAUGGUUUGUUCAGUUCUAAUGUUGAAGAAAUAAGCGACUCCGAUAGUCAAUUUUCCUUUUCAAAUGGAGAAUCCCUGCAGGACGCUAAUGAUGUUGAAGGGGAAAAAACUGAUAAAGAAAAUGAAAAUGAUUUCAAUCUUAAGGUAAUAGCGUCGCGUGGAGAUAAUAUAAUUGCAGUAGCUAAUCCAGCACUAAUGAAUUGCAAUCGCUCAAUAAAGGAAGAGCCAGUUGAUGAAAAGUCAGUUUUAUGAUUCAUUCCUACCGCAAAAUUCAACUAUUAUAUAAAAUUUUCGAAAUUCUGAGCACACAAAUUGUCAAUGUGUUUUACACGGGCAGUCAUCGAUUGCGUCCCGUGAGGGGAAAUAACCUUCAUUAUCUUCAUUUUGUACUUUAAAGAUUUAUUAGUUGUAAAGUUAGAAAAAGAAACUGCAAGUUUCCAACUGCUCUGUGUUAAGAGUUAGUAAUUAACAACAAUUAUUUGUUAUUUAAUUAAUUAAUUAUUAAAAAAAAAUUGACCGACUAAUUUUUUCUCGUGUUUUAUUCUUUAGCAAGUUGAAAAAAAUUAUUUCUGACAUAAAUAUUAUUUUUUUCAAGAAAAAAUGUUUCUCACAAGCGGUGAAAAAUUCCAUUAGUUAGUAUAUAAGGACGGAGACUCCUAUAGCUUUCGGUUGUUGUCGGGAUGUCCCAGUCUCGCUUUGCGGACUGUGGACACAACCAGCAGAAACAAAUUAUACUACAAAUGGUUUUUGAACAAAGUAGUAGUUUUCUGCUUAUACGCAAAGAAAUGUGUGUGUAUUUUGAACGCCAUCCCGACAAAAAAUGUACCUAAUCCAACCUAAUCCAUUUGCCUUCUGCAGUUUAACUGCGAUAUGUGCCUAUGUCAUUGAUUUCAUGUCAAUAUGAUAUACCACGGAAGUAUGAACUGACCACAAGUAUUCAUGCAUCUGAGGAAUGGAUUGUUGUUUGAGGUACUUGAAAAUAUAGCUUUCUUCUUUAUCCGAAUGAAAGUUGUAGGCAGUUUUAUGCGACAACUCGAUUCUCACUUCCCCUCACGGGACGGAAUCGAUGAUCGUCCGUUUUACACAAAGUACAUGGGUCAUAUAUUUAUGACAUAUAACAGUUAUUUUUUAUACUGUAUAAUGGAGAAAAAUGGAUACUCAAAUUUAUUAUCAAAUAAAUAUAUAAAAUAUUAUUUUCCUGAAAUAAUAUAUAAAAAAUUAUAGUAUUAUAUGUGCGUUAAUAAAUUUAAAACUCAUUAAAAAUGAUGUAAAAAUUAAUAUUUUCGAUUCUCUUAUAUUAAUGUUUCUAUGUAGAAACAAAUAAUAUGGUUACAAAAAUGUCUAUAUAAUGACCUUUCUUUCUAGUCACGAAAUGUAUUAUUAUUUUAUUAUUAUAUUUUAAGUAAAUUUUAAAACUUGUUAAAUUGUUGACUAUAUGUAUGAGUGAAUUUGAAUUUUUAUUUUUUACACGAAUAAAACGGGGAUUUAAUUUUUAAGAUUAUAAAAACGCUCUACAUUCAUAUAGAUUAUGUCAUAAAGUCUUAAAUAUUGACAAGUAAUAUCCAUUUUUCUCAAUUGUUUUUCAAUUGUUUUUAAAUUUUUGUAUGCGUGAAAGA